UUCACUAGGAAAGCUUGCAGUAAGCUUGCGUAAAGCUUCCUGUAAUACAAGAGCACCUCCAUGAAAAACUACUCCACAGAUACUCUUACUACCAUGCAGUCUGUGUACAUAGUAAGUGUCUGUGUUUAUAUUCUGGCUAUAUCGUUAUCAAUUAGCGGAUCUCAAUUCACUAAAUUGCUUCAAUGGGACAGAUGGUAUUGGAGACCUCUGUGCCCAGCUGCAGGAAUUGAUAAAGUGCAUAAUGACUGCCCGCCAUCGUCGAGGCAGUAUCGAGCCAUUGACGGAUCCUGCAACAAUGAUUUCAAAAUUAACUGGGGGAAGACAAAUACGCCAUUGGAAAGGAUGAGCCCUGCCAACUUCUCAGACGGUCGUUCCAUCCCGCGCGUGUCACACGACGGUUCUCCUCUACCUAAUCCGCGCCAAAUAAGCUUGCUGAUGAUGGCUGAAGACGAUAAUAAGUAUCACAAAUUAAAUAAAGGUCUGACGUCAUUUGUGAUGGACUUUGGUCAAUUUUUGAUUCAUGAUAUCAGCCAUUCACCGGUAGAAGCCGAUUUGUGUAGGAACUGCUCAACCAGUAACACUUGCCUCGUAAUACCAGUAGCUGAAAAUGAUCCGAGUUUUUCAGACUGUAUUCGAUUCAGACGAUCGAAACAUGGACCAUCAAAAGACUGCGAAGAGCAACCAUGGCAACCGCUGAACACAAUCACGUCAUUCAUUGAUAUGUCUCAUGUGUAUGGCAAUAAUGAUUUCAGAGCUAACGAACUUCGUGACAGGUCUCAUGGUACGUUGAUGAUACGAGGAUAUGUCAUAUUUUUGGGGAUGACAGUAAAUGGAGAGGAGGAAGCAGUUGAAGAUGAAAAAUGGACUAAGUUAAAGAGAGCUUUGGUUGAGGAAACAGAGGAUGCUUUGGCGAAUUCCCAUUCAUGGCUUUACUCUGGAGAUGAGCGGUCUCACAAGAGAACCGAACGCUCGCCGCAGUCACUGAAGCAGUUAUUUAGCCACACUUCAUCUGGUGGAGCUGGUGCUCUAGCAAAGAUAGCUAAAUUAACAGAGAAACAUGCAGAAAUCGCUAGAAGAAAUCUUGUCUCAAUCAACACACCGUUACUUCGACAACUGUGCGACGAAGUUGGAUUUGGCACUGAUAUAAUCGACUGUAGCGAAUUCCAAAAAUACAGGUCGAUAAAUGGUUCGUGUAACAAUCUAAUACAUGUGCACUGGGGACAGGCGAUGACAACAAUGCCGCGCUUUCUGCCACCAGAUUACGCUGACGAUGUAAAUGAUCCGCGUGAAGCGCCAUCAAACAGGAAACUUCCUAACCCACGUCUGGUUUCAUCAACUGUCGUCGAAGAGGAGGACAACUUCGCCAAGAAAUUCACCACACUGGUCAUGCAUUUCGGUCAGUUCCUGGACCAUGACAUUGGUCAUUCACCAGAGCCCGAAGAGGAGUGCCAUUGCGAGACUACUGAAAACUGCCUACCGAUUGAGAUCCCUAAGGACGAUACAUAUUUCACGACGGAGUGUAUUCCGUUUGCCCGAUCCGUCCCUGUUCCCGCCUCUGAUUGCCGGCCUGGGCCACGUCAACAACUCAACCAGGUAACAUCGUUUCUUGAUUUGUCGUCUGUUUACGGCUCGCUUGGAAACACCUCGAUGGGCUUACGGGUUCCAGACGAAAUUGCGUAUCUGAAGUCGCAUCCGAGUCCUCGAGGGCCACAAUAUAAAUCAUAUCUCCCACCUGAUCAUAAACUAGACCAGUGUGUCGGAGUAACUGCAGAUAUACAAUGCUCUGAGGCUGGCGAUUUGCGUACCUCCGAACAACCCGGCUUAACGGCAAUGCAUACCAUAUUUAUGAGACAACACAAUUCACUGGCCAGAACACUUAAACAUAUAAAUCGCCAUUGGAAGGACAACAAGGUCUUCCAAGAAGCAAGAUCAAUUAACUCUGCCAUUUGGCAGCGGAUUAUUUAUAAAGAGUUUCUACCAGUUAUCGUUGGACAACAAGCAAUGGUAGAAUAUAAUCUGGCUGUCAUGAAUGAUGGAUUUUUCUUCGGUUACAGUGGUGAAGUAAAUCCUUCGACAUCGAACGUUUUCUCUCAUGCUGCGUUCCGGUUUGGUCAUAGUCUGAUUCCAUCACAAUUCAAACGCGUUAACUCAAACUACGAAGAGGUUUACCCACCGAUUCCGCUGAAGGAAGCCUUCUUUAACGCAAGUCACUUGUUUGAUCAUAAAAACGGAGGGAUGGACGCGAUUGUUCUUGGUAUGCUUUCAGAUUCACUUUCAAAAGUUGACACACAUAUAGAUGAUGAUGUCACCAAACAUUUGUUUGCAAAUCCGGCAGGAAGCAUUGGUUUGGAUCUAGUGGCACUAAAUAUACAAAGAGGGCGUGAUCAUGGUCUACCAGGCUACAACGAGUGGCGUCAUUUUUGCGGACUUCGUAGAGCAAGAUAUUUCGAAGAUCUUAGGCGUGAGAUGAGCAUAAUCAAUAUCAAUCAAUUACGCAAAGUCUACGAGCACGUAGAUGACAUUGAUCCAUUCAUUGCUCUUAUAUCUGAAACACCUGUGGAGGGCGCUCUUGUGGGCAAGACACUUGGCUGUAUACUUGGCAAACAAUUUGCUAAUUUGAAGUUUGGAGAUCGGUUUUGGUUCGAAAAUGGAAUUGGAAGACAGGCUUUUACUGCUGAUCAACUGGGUGAGAUUCGAAAAAUGACCAUGGCUCGUGUGUUAUGUGAGAAUGUUGAUGACAUACAGACGGUCCAACCACGAGCAUUUGAGGUAGCUGAUGAAGACAUAACGUCACACGAAACUACAGGUUAUGUCUCACACGGUUCCAACAAGCGAGUGUCGUGCCAUGACUACGGAACUAUACCCAAUAUCAGACUUCACCAUUGGAUUGAAUAUAAUGAACCUUCAGAUGAACUGUAUCAUAAAGCGUCGGACCUCCGUAGCAAUGGUUUCUUAUGGAAAUAAGUGCAACGCUAAACUGUUUAAUAUGUGUUUAGAAAUGAACAAAUCGCUUAAUAUCAAAUCUCGAUGUGCAAUGUGUUGAUAGCUAACUGAAAAUUCGUUUGUAAUUUCUUCUAAUAGAAUGUUCAGGUACUUCACUGUACAAACGAAAUUUAAAUGUGUAUAUUAUUACUUUGUAUUGAUGCCGUUUAUAAUGUAAGAUGGCGAUUUGAAAGAUUAACUGUCCGGGUAAACUCUCUCAAGCUGCCUUCACAUCGUUUCAAAUGUCCGUUAAAUAUAAGGAGGCGGAAUCGGAACAUAAUUGCCUUUUAACCAAUUCAAGUUAAUAAUGAUUAAUUUACCUCUAUACAAAUUCCUUACAAAAAAACUUAUGGUCUUACAAAAUGCUUAAUGGUCUUACCGGAUCAUGCCACACGACAUCCUAUCCAAAAACGUCAGUGGCCUAUCAUUAAAAUAGAUAGAUUUGUACUAUUCACUUUUUUAUUUCAUCAUAUCGAUUGUUAAGGAGCUUCUGCCGAUUAUAAAGAUUAUAAGAUGUCGCAAAACUUGCGGUCACUGUAGCGUCACCGCUAAAUAAAGGGUUAAAAAACUAUGGCCUAGUACUAGUUUUAUUUCUGAGUGUUUUUCUAUUCGAAACUAUUAUUUAGUAGUACUGUAAUACAAUUCUCUCCAUACAUGUGCCUUAUUAUUGUGGUUAAUGUUCAAAGCAUGACGUACGAUGUAGUCAUUUCUAUAUCCGAUAACAUAAUAACAAUGAUAAUAAAUUAAUUAAAUCAAAUGA